AUGCGAGACCGCGUCUUCGAAUGGGAGCUGGCCGGGGAAUGGGCCGAAGACGUCCAGUGGUGGUUCAUGGACUAUUGGACCCUCUCCUUCGUCUUCGUCGCCGUCUACCUGAUCCUCGUGUUUUGGGGUCGCAUCCUUGUGGUGUAUCGUGGUCUCCCUGAGGUGUACCGAAGCAUUCGACAUGAUUCCCUCUACCACUCGAUGUGUUUGGGAAUGAAUCUACGACAUAUUCCAAUGGUUUCGGUCUUGGCCAUCUUGUUCGUGAUCUCCAAGUUCAUCGAGCUGGGAGACAGCGUUCACCGUCCUUCGGAAGCAGCGUUUCCUCUUCCUCCACUGGGAGUCCUGGCCCGCUUCUUCAUCAUCCUCAAUGUUCUACCCCACGCCUUUAUGUAUCCGUACUACACAGCAGGAAGAAGAAAUUGGGAGGGGACCCACCGCACCAAGGGAAUCCUUCUCAAUUUGGCCAUCAGAUUCGAGCUGCUUCGACCGACCAGAAAAAUGAAAGAGGCCCGACGGUCCACUUCUUGUGUGACGUCUGAGGACGGGCUAUUGCUCUCCUCGCUAUCCCUCCGGUCCAUUUUAAAUGCACUACCUCAGAGUCAGCUCCAUCGCAGUCGCGUGCAGGGGAAACGAAUCCGUGGAACCAUCGGCAAAAAAAGUCGAUUCUUUCCCACAAGUGAAGACAGCAAAAGGAACUCCACUCCACUAGGCCUUCUUCCUCUCACAGACUCAGACUUCAUCCUCUCCUCAAAAGCGAAGACGGACGCCCGCCAGCCCGGCAAGAAACCCCACGACUACUCUGCCGAAUCCCAUGGAAUGAUGUUCCCCGAAGGGAUCGUCGAAGAGGAAUAUGAUUCUCCGCACCAGUCCCGCGCAAGGCCUGCCCUCGGUCCCAACAUGUUCCACGAUCCUUCGGCCUAUCCCAAGCCCAACUACCCGAUCUUCAAUGGGUCUCGGUACGAACAGCUGACCAAGAGCCACGAAUACCUCCGGGAAAGUGGGAUCCCCUUCGAAAGGGAAAACUUGCCGUAUUUCUUCGUCUUCGAAUGGGAGCUGGCCGGGGAAUGGGCCGAAGACGUCCAGUGGUGGUUCAUGGACUAUUGGACCCUCUCCUUCGUCUUCGGCGCCGUCUACUUGAUCCUCAUUUUUUGGGGUCGGCGAUGGAUGGCAUCCCGUCCGCCCUACGAUCUGCAGAAACCCUUCAUCGCUUGGAAUGUUUUUAUUUCCGUCUUCAGCAUCCUUGUGGUUAAUCGGUGUCUCCCUGAGGUGUACCGAAGCAUUCGACAUGAUUCCCUCUACCAUUCGAUGUGUUUUGUAACGUGA